GGGCAGAGCCGCAUACAGUCAUUGUGAAAGCUGGUGGACGUGAGGAACUGAACGGUUUGUAAACGGUGCGUGCUUCUCGCAGUGCUCUCAGCUUUAUGGAUUACUCUCGGAUACGCAAACCCAUUCUUUAAACAGAACAAACUCCUCAAGUCACGAGAGCGAUGUUGGCCAACAUUCUCAAAAACAUGUACGUCGAUCCUGCCUUGUUGGCGGAGUUGGACGAAGAACAGAAAAGCGUGCUGUUUCUGAAGAUGCGAGAGGAGCAGGUCCGGCGGUGGCGAGAGCGCGAAGACCUCUUGGACAAGGAGAAUGUCCAGACUAAACCGAGGAAAAAGAUCUGUAAGAAUGUAUCAAUAAUGCUGGGUAAGGACGGGAAACCGUGGACUUGGGUGAUGGAUGAGCCUGAUCCCAACGAAAAGGCCGUCACCCCUCCCAAACCCAUGAGGACCAGCAUCGCUUCCACGAAUGGGAUCGCGUCGACAAUCGGUAUCUCCUCUCUUAACGGCGUCGCGUCCACGAAUGGUAUUCCCUCACUGAAUGGCGUCACAUCGUUGAAUGGCGUCUCAGCGAUAAAUGGAUCACCACAGCGUCCUUCGUCGCUGACACUAAAUGCGCCUAGACUGAGUCCGAAGAUCAGACCUGUGGUUGAAGUUCGACCAAUGCCCGCGAAAACCGAAAGUCCGCGACCCCGCUCACCUGACCUGGGAAAGGAGUUCCCAGGCUGCAGCUCAGCCGAGCCGAAACCCGGGCUAGAUUAUCAACUUCAACAGAUAAUCCGCAACGUUGCGGAUUUGAGUACAUCUCCAACCCAACCAGACAAAGACAAGUGGUUGCAGGAGAAGCUCGAUCAGAUGAAGGCGAAAGAGCCCGCUUCCGCGGCGUCAUCACCGGGAUCGCCGAUCAGACACGAGAUAUUCAGAAGCACUCCGGGCGUGAAUGUCAUUUCCGCGUCUUCCGAAGAAGCCUCGGUCCGCAAUUACUGGAAUCAGGCCGACGACGAGGCCGCUUGGCGUGAUCAAGAACGCCGCGCAAAAGAAGCCGACGCUCAACGACGACAAACGGCAAGAAACGCGAGAGAGGAAAUCAAACGAUCGUCUCGACUCAUCGCCAACGGAGAAUUGAAAGUGAUCGCAUCACAAAUCUCCAACGACGAGGAAAAGGGCUCAGACGAGUUAAAUUCGAAAGCGAAAACCAACGAUGUGAUCAGCAAUGGCAAUACUGCGAAACCUGCGCUAUUGCCCAAACCAACAGUGAUCAAACCACCGGUCCCUCCAAAAAGUGCCAAAGUUCAUACGAGGACCGGUUCUUGUGCGCCUCCUCUUCAGGCGACGUCUCGGAGUAAAGACGCCAAAGUUUUCGGAAGACCUGAGGUCGAACUGUGGUUCGCUGAGAGCCAGCUGAAAAAAGGGACUCUGAGUGAGAAUGGACAGACUGCGGAUGUCGCUCCAUGGUUCCACGGAUUCCUAUCGAGGGUCGAUGCUGAGCAGAUCUUGGACAAAGAACCCGAAGGAUCGUUUUUGGUACGCGUGCACGACCGUAUCAAAGGCUACGUUGUAUCAUACAGAUCUCCGGAAAAGGUGAAACAUUUCUUGGUGGACGCUUCGCAACCGUCACAGGUUCAGUUUUUCGGCGCCAAUCAACUCAUAUUCGCUACCAUUGUGGAUUUGGUUCGAUUUCACACGAGAAACCCCGUUUCUAUAACGGGCAACGAGCUCCUGCGAGAGGGAGUUCCGCUGCGGGGAGAAAUCGAGGACGUAGCGAUUCGAUUAUAAGACAUCAUCAACUGUGUUUAUCUUUGGAGCUUUCUGUUCAAAACUCGUCGAGUGAUUCUUCGUUUCGGGUGUGCCGACCAAACAAUCCCAACGAAAUCCCGAACUUCAAGCCGCUCCGAGAAACGCGUUCGUUGAGGACAUCUCCGAAGCCCAGCACGAAGACGCGGCGACAAUUUUUACUCUCAUAAUGAUGAAGAAAUGGUGGAAGAAAUUUGUAAACAAAUAUCAGUGAAAUCGUGUUAAUUGCUAGUCAGCUUGACGGCAAACGUGUGACAUUCGAGGAUAAAAGCUUGGCGGUUCAGUUGCUUCUUCCAGAAACAAGAUCAUGAGCCCUACGACGAGCAAGAAAUCCAGAAACCACAGAGCCAAAACAAUUCCACGCUUACUCUGGAGGAUAUUGUAGCAAUCUCUCCUUUCCAACUUCCGCAUCUUUCCAUUUACUAUACUCCGAAACCUUUUUUUAAUUCCCCGCUUUUUGUGAUCAUACAUGACAGGGGAGCCGCGGAGUCGUUGUGAAAUAAUUGAGACUAUGCAAAAGAAUUUUCAAUUCCUCGUUGAAUAAACCUCCCAUU